AAAUGUUAAAAAUCAAUUUUUCAGUCUAGAUUACAAUUUAUGAAUUUGGUAUGAAGUUGGCGUUUUUAGCUUGCUUUUUAGAGAUCACCCUGAAAGUCUCAGCUAUAGCAAAAUGUGGAAAGCCGGAAGUCUCAGAAGAAGACAAAUUGGAUCCCGUAGGAUUGGAAAUAUCCAAGAUGUUGAGUCCAGAGAAUAAACCUAAUAUUAUUGAAGAAGGAAAAGCUAAAAAGAAGAAGAAGAGAAGGAACAGCUUUUUUCGAUCGAAAGCUGCUCUCACUCCAGAAGAAACUGUAUCAGACAGUAUCUACAAGAAAUUAAAAAAUUUGCCCUGCAAAGAGGGGUGUGGAACCUUCAGUCCUGAAUGGAGACCAUCCUUUGAUACUGUAGUGGAAUUGUUCCAAGGACUAGAAACUGAUCCCAGAGUGGACAAUGAUAUUGGAACAUACAUGGAAAUAUUUCAAGAUGUUUUAGAGAAACUCUACGAAAAAGAAGGGGUAAGAGAAAAACUGGUAAAAUCUGCAUACUUGAAAGCUCUGAAAUUUAGAAAUGAUACAAAAGGAAUUCAUGUUGACCCUGCCAUGAUCUUUCCUACACUUGAAACUAAAAAUGUAAAAACAACUCCUGGUUUUAGAGCAUCAAGUAAAAGUGAAGUUCCUUGGGAGAAGUUAAAAAAAACUCCUUCUCGUGUGUUGGGUGAAGACAUCAAACUGGACUUUUUCAGGGAGGAUGACAGUCUUCAUGUUUUUCAUUACACCUUCCAUGCCAUGAACUUUGGAAAAGCAGAUAGAGGACCAAGACCAAGAGAAAAUGAACAUUUUUUCUAUCUUCACAGGCUGUUUCUCUACAGAUAUUUUGAUGAACGAGAUACUGAGGAAGCAGGUGUCAUUACUCCUUUAAAUAGUUCAGCCAGGGAAACUGAAUUCAAUUCUUAUUAUUCCAUCACUCCUCAGACAGAUCCUACAAAGUCUUUGCACGCAGAUUUUGUCAGUAAUAAGCCGACGUGUAGGAUUUCUGAAAAAACAAAUAGUAUAAUAAAUAAACUGGAAACACAGUGUGAUAGCUCGCUGGCAGAAAUGAAGGACAGUAUUGAAAAGUAUGGAAAACAAUGUAUGGAUUUUCACAAUUAUGGUCACGAUCUGAUGAGUAACGACUGCAAAUCCGGAGGGAGAGGCACCUAUGGACUCUUAAUAGACAGUGAAGUUUCAGCUAGAGAUCCUUUGUUUUAUAGGUGGCAUUAUGAAGUGGAUAUAAAAUAUGAUAAUUUCUUGAAGAUUCAGACCCCCUAUACCAGAGAACAAGUGCAGCCAGCAAAGGGCAUUACUGUAUCAAAUGUAGCUCUUGAAUCAAGAUGUAGUUCUCCAAAUCAGGUGGAAACUUUCUGGGAAAUGAAAACAUCAAGAUAUCAGCUCAAUCAUAUGGAUUAUCUAAUCAAAAUAAGUUUAAAGAACAGUGCUGGUUUGAUGGAUAAAGUGAUCAUAAGGGUUUUCCUGGUAAAGGAGAAAUUCAUUGCUGACACCAAGUACUAUUUUGAGUUGGACAGAUUUACACAAAAUUUGACUGGAGCUCCAGAAGAAACCAUUAUUAGAUUUGAUAAUCAAAGUUCUCUCACAUGGAGGAAAAAAGAUGAAUGUGGAUGGCCCACUUCUUUGCUUCUACCAAAAGGGAAAAGCAUGACUCCAAUAAAAUACAGACUUGUUGUUUUUGUGCAUGACCUUGAAAAUCAAGCUAUAACAGAAGGACAGAACAAUGUACCAGAAAUACCAUGUGGAUCAUUGGUAGAAGACCAGGUUCCUGAUCCUCGUCCUCAUGGGUUUCCCAUAGAUCGCCAAUGGACUGGCAUAAAUCUGUUGGAUGUUUUAAACAACAAGGAUAGCACAUUUGGAAGAAUAUCAACCUCUGUGGAAAUAUUAAACAGAGGUCUAAAUCCAACAGGUUGUGAAGAUGCUGAUUUCACCCCACCUUCAUCACCCAUUUUACCUGAAGAUGCUUCAACACCCUUAGGCACUCCAGCUGCAAUUUCACCCACAGUAUCUCCAACUUCAAUAUCACCCAUAGACACUUCGGCAGCAAUAUUGCCCUCAGACACUCCAGUUACAAUAUCACCCACAGUAUCUCCAGCUGUAAUAUCACCCAUAGACACUCCGGCAGCAAUAUUACCUUCAGACACUCCAGCUGCAAUAUCUCCAACAGACACUCCGGCAGCAAUAUUACCCUCAGACUCUCCAGCUAUAUCAACCACAGUAUCUCCAGCUGCAAUACCCCCCAUAGACACUCCUGCAGCAAUAGUACCCUCAGGCACUCCAGCUGCAAUAUCUCCAACAGACACUCCAGCAUCAGUAUUACCCUCAGACUCUCCAGCUACAAUAUCGCCCUCAGUAUCUCCAGCUGCAAUAUCACCCAUAGACACUCCAGCAGUAAUAUUACCCACAGUCACUCCAGCUUCAAUAUCUCCAGUUACAAUACUACCUACAGUUCCUCUGGCUGCAAUACCAACCACAGUAUCUCCGGCUGCAAUACCACCUGCAGUAUCUCCAGCUUCAAUACUACCCUCAGUAUCUCCAGUUGCAAUACCACCCACAGUAUCACCAGCUGCAAUACCACCCUCAGAAUCACCUGCAACAAAAUCACCCUAUGGUUAUAUUGAACCUGGACCAGCAACAUCCAAACCUCCCAGAAGCUAUGCCUCCAACCUAGGAAAACCAGGCAUUGAAGUAUGUGCAGAUGCAUCAAAAAGUAACUGUUUUCAAGUCUCUGCUAAGCCAUUAGACAGUUCAGCCAAAGCAGAAGAGUUUUGUGAGCAGGCCCAGAUGAGUUUAGCUGUCGACGCUAAUAGAGAUAAAUUAGUUCCUAUUGUUAUAAAUGCAAGGGAAAUGUUGAAUAACAUGCAUGCAAUGUUUUGGAUCAAAGCAAGGCAUGAAAAGUACUGUAAAGUGAUACUUAAAGGAUAUAGAAGAAAAAGUAUUGGAAUUAGUUGGACGUUAUGCGAAAAGAGCCACUGGAAUACAGGACAAUACUUUGCUAUUUGUGAACCAAUCUGAUAAUCUAAUAGAAGAAACCAAUUGGCUAAAAUUAUUUGCACUGUUUGUACUUUAGUAAAAAUUAAUAAAACAAAGAUUUUUAUUAUUAA